AGGUGGGUUGGCUCAUUCAGUGUUCAGUUGUUGAGUGCGCAACCUCGAAGAUAUUUACAUUGCCCUCCCUCCCUCCCUCCCUCCCUCCCUCUCUCUGUGUGUGUCUGUGUGCGUGUGUGUGCUUGCGUGGGUGUGUGGCUAUGGCGGCGACGGCGAGCACUGCCGCAGUGACAACGAAAGCAGACGCUGCUCCGGAGGACCCCAAGUUGGACGCCUUUGAGGAUGAUGACGAAUUUGAGGAGUUUGAGAAUGAGGUUUGGGACGACGCUGGCGACGCGAAGGGUGCUGUUCAGCAUUGGGAAGAUGAUUGGGAUGACGACGACGUCACAGAUGAUUUCUCCGUACAGCUUAAAAAGGAGCUUGAGGCCGAGAAGUGAUCGAAGUCCUCUUCUUCAUGUCUGUGGCAGUUUUGAGAUUGUAAAUAUGUGUGAUAAGGUCUGACAGAGGGGUGGGAAAACCUAAAAUUACAUAAACUGAGAAAUUUCCUUCAAAUAAGUUCCCUUUACGACACUAGAAGGUAGGGCGUUGGGUAGAGAUGUAUGCUGUUGUAGGCGGCCCUAACAAUUUACAUGGUUUCCUUUUUUCGCCCUGUAUUUUUAUGAACACUCUUAAAAGGUGUAAUAAAAAAAAGAAAAAAGAGGCUCUAUUUGUCUUCAAUUA